GGGCGGCCGGGCGGGGGCGCGCACGGGACGGUGUGUGAGGGAGCGAGCGAGCGAGGGGAGGGCGAUACCGGGGCGGAGAAUAGGCGGCAGCGGCGGCUUCGCUCGGCUCAGGGCAGGCGAGCAGGGACAGACGCUGCCGAGUCGGGAGACACAGCGGCCGCCGCCGCCGACUAGGGGCAUUCUUCCUCCUCCUCCUCCCCGCCCUUCCCCCUUUCUCUUUCUCUCACUCUCCGCUGUCCUCCGGGGCCGAUCGCUGUCGGCGGCGCGAUCCCGGGGCGUUUCCGCGGCGCCCGCGCCGGCAGUGGCUGAAGAGAGAGCCGGCCCCUCCCCUCCCCAGCCGAGACUGAGGGACCCCCCGCUCCGUCCCCGCCUCCGCCCCUCGCCGGGGUUCGGCGGAGAGGGCCCGGCCCCGGCUCGGCUCCCCGGCGGCGGGCUCGGCGAGGAUGUCGGGCGGCGGCGGCGGCAGCCGGGAGGAGGAGCGGCGCAAACUCGCCGACAUCAUCAACCACUGGAACGCGAACCGGCUGGACCUGUUCGAGAUCAGCGAUCCCACCGAGGAUCUGGAGUUUCAUGGAGUAAUGAGGUUCUACUUUCAAGACAAAGCAGCUGGAAAUUUUGCAACAAAAUGUAUCCGUGUCUCUAGUACCGCCACAACUCAAGAUGUGAUAGAAACUCUCGCAGAGAAGUUUCGACCAGACAUGCGAAUGUUGUCAUCCCCUAAAUACUCACUUUAUGAGGUGCAUGUCAGUGGAGAAGAAAGAAGAUUAGAUGUAGAUGAGAAGCCUCUUGUUGUACAAUUAAACUGGAACAAAGAUGAUCGAGAGGGGAGAUUUGUUCUCAAGAAUGAAAAUGAUAUGCUUCCUCCAAAGAAGGCUCAAAGUAAUGGCCCUGAAAAACAAGAAAAAGAAGGAGUAAUUCAGAAUUUCAAGCGAACUCUUUCAAAAAAGGAAAAAAAAGAAAAAAAGCGGCGUGAAAAAGAGGCAUCCCGACAAGCAUCAGAUAAAGAUGAUAGACUUCUUCAUGGGGAUGAUAUUGAGAAUUCUCGCCUUGCAGCUGAGGUUUACAAAGAUAUGCCUGAGACCAGCUUCACUCGCACAAUAUCCAAUCCUGAGGUGGUUAUGAAACGGCGGCGACAGCAAAAACUAGAGAAGAGAAUGCAGGAAUUUCGAAGUUCUGAUGGCAGACCAGACUCAGGUGGGACACUGAGAAUUUAUGCAGACAGUUUAAAACCAAAUAUACCUUACAAGACAAUCCUGCUGUCUACUACGGAUACUGCAGACUUUGCAGUUAUUGAAGCACUGGAAAAAUACGGUCUGGAGAAGGAAAAUCCCAAGGAUUACUGUAUUGCUCGGGUCAUGCUGCCUCCUGGUGCUCAGCACUCUGAAGAUAAAGGUGCUAAAGAAACUAUUCUUGAUGAUGAUGAGUGUCCACUGCAGAUAUUCAGGGAGUGGCCUGGUGAUAAAGGAAUGUUAGUCUUUCAGUUGAAAAGACGGCCUCCUGAUUACAUCCCAAAGAAAUCAAAGAAAAUAACUGAUGGAAAGCCAUUAAAGGGGAAGGAAAGAGGCGACGGGUCUGGCUACGGCUCUUGCCUUCCUCCUGAGAAACUACCAUACCUGGUAGAAUUAAGCCCAGAUGGUUCUGACUCCAGAGAUAAACCAAAGCUCUAUCGUCUACAAUUAAGUGUCACUGAAGUUGGAACUGAAAAAUUCGAUGACAAUUCCAUUCAGUUAUUUGGUCCAGGAAUUCAGCCUCAUCAUUGUGACCUCACUAAUAUGGAUGGAGUUGUUACUGUAACCCCAAGAAGCAUUGAUGCUGAAACCUAUGUGGAAGGUCAGCGUAUUUCAGAAACCACUAUGCUGCAAAGUGGAAUGAAAGUUCAGUUUGGAUCAUCUCAUGUAUUUAAGUUUGUGGAUCCCACUCAGGACCAUAUUAUUCAUAAAAGACCUGUUGAUGCAAGUCUUAUGGUCAAAGGUUCAAGACACAAAACUGGAACUGUUCAGGAAACCACGUUUGAUCUGGAGGGAGAUGUUCACAGUGGAACAGCAUUACCAGCGAGCAAGAGCACCAGCAGGCUUGAUGGUGACAGGACAUCAUCAGCAUCCAGCACAGCCGAACGAGGAAUGGUGAAGCCAAUGAUUAGAAUAGAACAGCAGCAGGAUUACCGCAGACAGGAAAGCAGAUCUCAGGAUGCCCACGGACCAGAACUGAUACUGCCUGCCAGUAUUGAAUUCAGGGAAAGCUCUGAAGAUGCCUUCUUAUCUGCUAUUAUAAAUUACACAAAUAGCUCAACAGUCCAUUUUAAGCUGUCUCCUACAUAUGUUUUGUAUAUGACAUGUCGGUAUGUAUUGUCAAGCCAGUACAGACCUGACAUCACUCCUGCUGAGCGUACUCACAAAGUCAUUGCAAUAGUCAACAAGAUGGUGAACAUGAUGGAAGGAGUGAUACAGGAGGUAGACCAGGUUGAUCAGAAACAGAAGAAUAUUGCUGGGGCCCUUGCCUUUUGGAUGGCAAAUGCGUCUGAAUUACUGAAUUUCAUAAAGCAAGACCGAGAUCUUAGCCGAAUUACUGUGGAUGCACAAGAUGUUUUGGCACACUUGGUUCAAAUGGCAUUCAAGUAUCUGGUUCAUUGUCUGCAAUCCGAGCUUAAUAACUACAUGCCAGCGUUCCUUGAUGAUCCAGAGGAAAAUAAUCCUCAGAGGCCUAAAAUAGAUGAUGUGCUGCAUACUUUGACUGGAGCUAUGUCCCUGUUGCGACGAUGUAGAGUGAAUGCUGCUCUGACUAUACAGCUCUUCUCCCAGCUGUUUCAUUUUAUCAACAUGUGGCUUUUUAACAGAUUAGUUACGGCCCCAGAUUCAGGGUUAUGUUCACAUUAUUGGGGAGCUAUUGUUCGUCAACAGUUGGGCCAUAUUGAAGCCUGGGCAGAAAAACAGGGCUUAGAAUUGGCUGCUGAUUGCCACCUGAGCAGAAUAGUGCAGGCAACCACAUUGCUUACCAUGGACAAGUAUUCACACGCAGAUGUUCCGAAUAUUAACAGUACUUGCUUUAAGCUGAAUUCUCUGCAGCUGCAAGCUUUGUUGCAGAAUUAUCACUGUGCUCCAGAUGAACCACUCAUCCCAACAGAAUUGAUAGAGAAUGUAGUAACUGUUGCAGAAAAUACGGCUGACGAACUUGCUCGCAGUGAUGGCCGAGAAGUCCAAUUGGAAGAAGAUCCUGACUUACAGCUACCUUUUCUUUUACCAGAAGAUGGCUAUUCCUGUGAUGUUGUCAGAAAUGUCCCAAAUGGUUUACAAGAAUUUUUAGAUCCACUCUGUCAGAGAGGUUUUUGUAGACUAACACCUCAUUCACGGUCACCAGGAACGUGGACAAUAUACUUUGAAGGUGCAGACUAUGAAAGUCACCUGUCACAUGAGAAUGCUGAGCUAGCUCAGCCAUUGAGGAAAGAACCUGAAAUUAUCACUGUAACACUAAAAAAACAAAAUGGAAUGGGCUUGAGCAUUGUUGCUGCCAAGGGUGCUGGUCAAGACAAACUUGGAAUAUACGUCAAGUCUGUUGUGAAAGGAGGUGCUGCAGAUGUGGAUGGCCGUCUGGCAGCAGGAGAUCAGUUGCUCAGUGUGGAUGGUCGAAGUUUGGUGGGCCUGUCCCAAGAAAGGGCAGCAGAACUUAUGACCAGGACAGGUUCUGUAGUAACACUAGAAGUAGCAAAACAAGGAGCAAUUUACCAUGGUCUGGCAACCUUGCUUAAUCAACCAUCCCCAAUGAUGCAAAGAGUUUCUGACCGCCGUGGCUCAGGUAAACCCCGACCAAAGAGUGAAGGUUUUGAGCUGUAUAACAACUCCACUCAAAAUGGGUCACCUGAGAGCCCUCAGCUGCCGUGGACGGAGUACAGUGAACCAAAGAAGCUGCCAGGGGAUGACCGGUUAAUGAAGAACAGAGCCGAUCAUCGCUCCAGUCCCAAUGUAGCAAAUCAGCCUCCAAGCCCUGGGGGAAAGAAUGCUUAUGCAUCUGGAACUACCACGAAAAUAACCUCAGUCUCUACUGGAAAUCUUUGUACAGAGGAACAGACUCUGCCCCCAAGACCUGAAGCUUAUCCCAUCCCAACACAGACAUAUACUAGAGAAUAUUUCACUUUCCCAGCUUCAAAGUCUCAGGAUCGAAUGGGUCCACCUCAGAGUCAGUGGCCAAAUUAUGAAGAGAAACCACAGGUCCAGGCAGAAAGUAAUAAUUCAAUCAAUAGUACAAUGCAGCGUGUGGCUCGUUCUCAGGAAGAACUCAGAGAUAAAGUUUUCCAGCCUGAGAGGAAUCGUUUGGAAGUUGUUAUACGGAAGGAUGUGGAGUACAUUGAUCGGAAAUCAGACAGCGAUCAGUGGAUGAAUUCAUCUGUGGAUUCUAGCACAUCUAGCCAAGAACACCUAAACCAUUCAUCCAAACCCGUCUCACCUGGUUCUUGUUUAACUAAAAGUGGACCUGGCCGUUGGAAAACUCCAGCUAGUAGCCAGCCGACUCCAGUGGCCAUUUCCCAGCCCAUCAGAACAGAUCUUCCCCCUCCACCACCACCUCCUCCCGUACAUUAUGCAGCUGAAUUUGAUGAACUGCAAAUGGAUUUGCCUCUGCCUCCCCCUCCUCCUCCAAAUCAGAUAGGAGCACAGACAUCUUCCCAGGUAGCUGCUACUGAGCGUAAAAAAAGAGAAGAGCAUCAGAGGUGGUAUGAAAAGGAAAAAGCUCGUUUGGAGGAAGAACGAGAAAGGAAACGUCGUGAGCAGGAGAGAAAACUGGGCCAAAUGCGUUCUCAGCCACUAAUUCCCACUCAGCCCGUGGUUCCUCCUGUGUCACUCCAACAAGUGAAAUCAGAAAAGCCUUCAACUCUGCAGAGGUCUCAAGAAACAGUCAUUCGAGAGUUGCAGCCCCAGCAGCAGCCUCGGACUAUUGAGCGGAGAGAUCUGCAAUACAUUACUAUCAGCAAGGAAGAACUGUCCUCUAGUGAUAGCCUCUCCCCAGAUCCCUGGAAACGGGAUGCUAAGGAGAAACUGGAGAAGCAGCAACAGAUGCACAUUGUGGACAUGCUGAGUAAAGAGAUUCAGGAACUUCAGAACAAGCUCGACCGUACAGCAGAGGAAAAUGACCGCCUCCGCAAACUCAUGCUUGAGUGGCAGUUCCAAAAGCGACUUCAAGAAUCAAAGCAAAAGGAUGAAGAUGAUGACGAAGAGGAGGAUGAUGAUGUGGAUACCAUGCUCAUCAUGCAGCGACUGGAGGCAGAAAGGAGAGCAAGGUUACAGGAUGAGGAACGCAGACGGCAGCAGCAGUUGGAAGAAAUGCGCAAGCGAGAAGCAGAGGACAGGGCCAGGCAGGAAGAAGAGCGCCGACAGCAAGAGGAGGAGCGGACCAGAAGAGAGGCUGAAGAAAAGAGGCGACAGGAAGAAGAGUAUUACAGUCGCUUAGAGGCCGAAAGGCGCAGGCAACACGAUGAAGCUGAAAGAAGAUUGCUGGAACCUGACGAGCCUGGUCUGUACAGACCUCCACUUCCACGGGAAUAUGAACUCCCAUCCCCAACCCCUUCAUCUAACGCUCCUCCUCCCCCACCUCAGCGAAACACCUCUUACCUCAAAACACAGGUCCUCUCCCCUGACACGAUUUAUACUGCCAAGUUUGUUGCAUACAAUGAUGAUGAUGAGGAGGAGGAGGAUUCCAAUCUAGCAGGUCAGGAUAAGUACUCCAGCACAAGAAAAUCUUAUGGUGACUUUCCUCCUGCCACCCUUAAGCCACAGCAGUCCUCCCGCCAGCCUCGCCCAGUUUCAGAUGGCCUUUUUCUUUCCAACUCAUUCCAGUCAUCUAGAGUCAAUGCCAACAGUACUACUGCCAAAAAAAGCCAGCCCCCACCCCCACCAAACAAACCAAGUUUCAUCCAUGCCGGCAGCUCUAAAGGAAUAAAUUCAUACACUGGAUCUACAGGAGCAGCUGUUGGGGCCCACGAAGUUUAUCGGGAUCCCAGAGACAAAAGAUCUAAAAGUCAAGAUACAGAUGUACCUGGAGCACCAGAAAAUUUGACGUUCAGGGAACGCCAACGACUUUUUUCACAGGGUCAGGAUGUAUCCAAUAAAGUAAAAGCUUCUAGGAAAUUAAUGGAACUGGAAAAUGAGUUGAACACUAAAUAAGAUUUAAGCACCUUAUCAGAUGUAACCGAAGAUCUCUAAAUUGAGGGAUUGAGAUGGGGGGCACACUACUAAUGAACAGAAAAUGAAUGUUUUCUGAAAGGAGUGACUUUGAUUCCUCUAUGUCUAAGACUGUUAAUUAAGAUUUAGAGAUGUUGCAAUAGCAAGAAAACCGAUUACUUUGCCAGGAGCUUGUGGUUUAUACAAUGAAAGCACUGUAAAAUUUUAAAGAUAUGAAUCACGUGAAGGUAACUCUUUUGUUUGGUUUUUUUUUUUUCUUUUCUGUUUUGGGGGUUAAGUUCUUGUACACCAGACAAAGUAGCACUUGUCAAAGAUAAGUUCUGUUUCCUGGUGUUUUACAGACACAAUUUUUGUUUUAGCUGCUGAGCAGAGAGAGUGAGAAUAGCUUGAACUGCCUAAAAUAAACUGUGCACUAGAAAUUAGUAUUUUAGUUUGUUUGAUAAGAAGCCAAUAUCUAGGACACCUUAAAUAAGACCUCGUACGCAAGUUUGACAUAAUGUAUGGUGUUCCUAGAACGGUCAGCAUAUCAAUUCAGAUCUUACCAUUGCUUAGUACUGGAAUAACACUCAUUCUGUAGGUAGAACCUUGGAAUAGAAAGCAUUUCUAGUCCUACAGAUUUGUGGGGUCUAAAAUGAUUGCCUAAGAAUUUUAUCUGUGGUUACAGAGAAGUCCAUAUGUUGAUGCGUCCCCACUAUAUGUGCUUCAGACUUUAAAAAAUGUGAAGAUGAAACCUUUGGAUAAUUGUUUUAUUAAAAAUUACGUAAGCAAUAGGUAGGCUAUGCUAGUGGCCCUUCAUCAGCCAAGACCAAAAUGUGAGUAAUGUGUUGAAGGCGAGGAGGAAUGACUCCAGUUCCAAGGUGAGCAGAGCAGAUCACGUGUGUUUUCUGAGACAGGUAGAUUAGAAGUUCUUAGGCGAUCGGGCGUGGAACAGUAUUGAUAAAUCUGCUAUUAUCAGAUCAGCAAUAUCUCUUGAGGCUUUUUUUCUAUGGAGAAGUAUACUGGCAUAUUGAAGAAGAAGGCUGAAGCAUGAGGUAUGAAACAGAAGGCUGGUGGCUGGGAGCGGGACUGUAAGGUGGUUGGCAGAGAGGGUGGCUGGCAGCGAGCACCUGCCACUGCUCACGCCAGGGAAGCUCUGCAGGCCAACUCCUCCAUAGUCAAGCCAGCUUUACUGACACUCAGCUGCUGUUGUGCUUAAAACCUUUCUGGCAGUUCAAGAUAUUUUUUCACACUGUAAUAGCCUUAUUUAAUUUUAAAUCGUUAAUCUUUUUUCCUCCCACUAUUUCUUCAGCUGUGCGUAUGUGGCUGAUGAUGUUGGGAAUAAGGACCUCAUCGGAGUUUUUUCUCAUUGUGUGAUGUUAAGACAAUAUAUAUUGUGAUUCCAAACAAAUUUUCUAUUUGACAAAGCCCUUUACUGGCUUUAGAUGAAUUUUUUUUUUCCUGUAUCAUAUUGUUCUCUUAUAAAUAUAUAUUUAGGGAAUUGUGCACACUUCCAAAUACAAAGGGGUAGACUUUCACUGCCUUAGGAAAUAAAUCACUUUUAAUAAGAGUUGUAUGAUAAAUAAAUGCAAGCUGAUGAAAAUUGGAGUGUAAAUAUUUUUUACGUAUUUCAGGUUUCUUAUUUGAAAGUGUGCUUUUACCGUUUCACCUGUUAAAUAUGAAGUAGAAGAUUAAACUGGUUCAAAGUGUUAAUGAAGGAUCUGCAUGCUUGCUAUGUCUGUUAAUCAGGAAAAGCAAGCCUCGCCCAAUUUAUCUUGAGAACACUAGCAGCCUUACAGUGACAAAUUUUUCUUAAGGAAAAAAACUUAUGCUGUGGCUGAAUUACUGCUGCUGCUAGAAUCUGAAAAAGGCUUAGCAAAGAAAUACCUAUAACCUUCAGUUGAGUGGAUUUGGCCGCUAUUGGGCAUUCGGGUCAAGUGUGAAUAUGUGUAAAAGUGCUUUUCAUAUUUGUCUGUGCAUUAUUAUAAAAACAUCAAAACUGCUGUAGUUUCCCAUUUCUACUGUAUUUCACUUGCAACCUAUUUUUAAUAAAGUUUGUAUUGUAUUUAACUUUGCAUUAAA